AUGGCACGCUGGAGACUUCGAAUGGAAGACUUCGGUCGGCGACAGGAGGGCAGCAAUCGGACCAGUGAGGCUUGGCACCAGCCACGCUGGGCAUCCAAGGCCUCGCUCUCUAAAGGUGACGAUGAGAGGCCCUUGAGUAGCGUAUCCACACGAUGCCCCUCCUCAGCACGAGGGCGCCAAUCGCCGACACUCAGUGCAGAGACCCGGGCACCUUCCCCAAGCAGCUCUCCGUGCUCUUGGGCUCAGCCAGCUCCCCCGAGCUUAAGGGCCAGCAGUGACACUUGGGCCACACGAGUGGAAUCAAAGCGGAGAGGCCAAGAGAAAGAGUAUCCCGCAACCUACAGCAUCAAGCCUGGAGAUCUUGCAGGAGCUCUCCUUCCAGACUAUGAACUUUGGGUUACCCUUCAUGGUGGGAAUGGCCGCUGGCAGCAGGCUCGCGCUCAGAAUCAAUGGGCGCACAUGCUUGUGGAGCAUGAGGCUGCAAUGGCUGCCAAGAAGCAAGAGGCUGAGCGUCAGCGGCUUCGGCGUGCAGAGGUUGCUCGCAUUCGGCGCGCUGAGGAGGAAGAGCUGCGACGCCGAGUGGAGGAGGCUGAACAAGACAAGCGCCGACGUAAGGAGGAAGAGCUCCGCUUGCAAAUGCAGCGAGAGGAGGAAGCUCGCAGGGCCAAGCUGGAGGAAGAGCGACUCCUCGAGCUGAUGCAGCCCCGAAAGUGCCAGAAGUGUGAGGGCACUGGAAGGUGCUCCAACUGCCAGGGAGAUGGCUCCGUGGACGUGCUGUUCCUCGCACCCGCCGUGGGCUCCAGGCCGAUGCCCAUCCUGCAGGGCCGCCGGCCUCGAGGAUGCAGGCAGUGUGGUGGAGCGGGCGAUGGAGCCCUUCUGCGAGACUUUAUUGCAGGAAGUGGCAGAUGUGACAUCUGCAAGGGCGAGCGCUUCAUCAAACCACCCCCAGGUGGUUUCAAGACGCCGGCAAAAGCCGAGACACCCCGAAAGCCAUCGCGGGAACCAGAGGCAGAUGCCAGUGCUUUGCCAGAAUGA